AUGCCAGGUUUCCAGAUCCAAGCGCGUGAAGUGACCGGACAGCUCACCUGGCUAGGCGACCGAGUCAUUGCAACGGGACGAGGACGAGAAACCAGUGGCGUUGAGCGCUUGGCUUUGAAAAAUGCAGGAGCUGCGGUGAUGGAGCUGGACGUUACUACAUUAGAGGUUGAGAUCAAGGCCAAAGUUGCCCAAGCCUGGUCAAUAUACGGACACGUUGACGUGCUGGUCAAUAACGCCGGGUAUAUCGAUGCAGGUGUAUUUGAAGAAGUCGACGAAGCAUCCUUACUGCGCAGCCUCCGCACCAACGCAAUAGGCCCUCUUAAUCUAAGUCGUGCAUUUCUGCCUUACAUGCGCAGCCGGGGAACCGGAACCCUUCUCUUCAUGUCCUCCGUGGGCGCAUAUUAUGGAGCUGCCGGAGCUAGCCCGUACAGCGGCGCAAAGGGACUACUCGAAGCUAUAGUACCCAACAUCGCCGCCGAGGUCGCACCCUUUGGUCUUCGAACGUGUCUACUUACACCGGGACUUUUCCGAACUAAAGUGUGGAUCGUUGAAAACAUCUUAUACAGAGCGCCAAACAUGUUACCGGAAUAUGAGGAAGUUAACCAGGGGAUAGAGGACUUCUGCAAGAAUGGUGAUGGAAAUCAACCGGGAGACCCUCGCAAGGCCGCUGAUAUUAUCGUGGAGGCCGUGAAAGGUCAGGGACGUUGUGAGGGGAUGACACUGCCACCCUGGCUUCCCUUGGGACCUGAUGGGGUGCAAGCGAUCCGGACGAAUCCCGAGGCAAAGUUGAAAGUCUGUCAUGGUGGGAGGCUAUUGCUUCUGCGACAGACUUUUGAUAUGCUACACUGGUGA